AUGGCUCAUCCGAAACUUUAUUUUAGCGUCGAACUGGAAUUCGUCGUCGCUUGGCUUUACCCUGGCGAACCCCUCAUAGAUCCUAACGAGACAAGAGUCUUCAGCUUUCCUCCUUCCAAAGCACUAUUCAACAACACGGCCGCUUCAUACGGGAAAGGUUACUUGAAAUAUGAAGAUCUCUCGAACAGGAAUGGGCCCAUGCUCGAAUCUGACCGCCGUAGGGUAAUGAGGACUGCGUUUUACCAGUCACUCCGUUCAGCGUUUAAUGCUGCAGGCUUACCUGUCCGCUUAAUAUCCGACGAAGACUACGGACUAAUCUCACACCUACUCCCUAAAGAAGAUGCUUCUGUCUGGGGUUUCAGAAAAGAAGAGAGUCUUAGAUUACCAUAUGGCACCGAUUACCAUUGGAUGGGCGCCGAGCUCGUCUCUCCAGCGUAUGAAUUCACUCCAGAAAACCUAUCGUCCGUGGGAAAGGCUUGCAAGAUUAUUACAACGAAGUAUCUGGCGGAAGCUAACGAUAGUACAGGUCUACAUGUACAUGUUUCCUUUGGUGUGGAUAAAAAAUGGUCGUUCAACAGUAUCCGACAGGCACUCAUGUUUUUCUGGACAUUCCAACCUCAAUUUGACUCGCUUCACCCCAACCAUAGGCAAGGUGGCAAAUGGGCAAAGGCUAUGAGGUCCAAGUCCAAGAUAAAUUCUGAUCAUUAUGCAAAAACGGGCAGAAUCCUCACGCCAAAUGAAGGCCUUCUCCGCAUAGAUAGGAUCACAGAUAUGGAAGAGUUAUUAAGAGCCGUAAGCGGUGAAGGGGCGGAACACCCAGAUCGAUACAUGGCUUAUAACGUAAUUCCCAUAUUUGAGAGUAGGAAUUCUGAUCUAUCAAUCGCUCACCCAAAGACAACACUAGAAUUCCGCCAACACGAAGGUACCCUGGACGCCGAACGCGUCACACAAUGGAUUGAACUAUUGUGUGGCGUUAUCAUGUUCCUUGAAAAUAUCGAGCCUGCAAUUCUUAUGGAACUCCUUCGAGUUGUUAGUGAGCAGGAAGUUUGGUGCAGAACCGGGAGUAAACUAAGGGAUCCCCCAAAUGAAGAGAAAUUUGGUCCUGUUCUAGCGGAAAGUUCCUUCACGAUUACGGACCUACUAGAACAUAUUGGACUGGAAGACUCGGCCAGCUUCUAUCGAUCGCGUCUUUAUAAACUUGAGCCCCUGCUACAGAUUCCAGAUCCAAAGCCGCCGGUCAGCCAAGCUCUACGAGACUGUAUACGGAAUCUACGGCGUACUAAUUUGGCUUCCAUGUCUACAGAAUCGACGGAAGUCAAAAUUCCAAGUACCUCCGGCCACGAACCGUAA